AUGGCAUCCCUCAUCACAACAACAAGGGCUAAGGCCGCUCAGAUUCCUUUCUCCACAGCCAUGACCUCAACCGUCUCUCGCUCCUCUCGUGUUAUCCUCUCCACUGCCGCCAACAAUACCAGUACCAGGAACCUCUCCAACCUCACACCUCCUCGUCGUCUCAACACCAUCAUGAACACAAAGAGACCUGAGACACGCCCUUGCUGGAAGUGUUCCACCCCCGUUCCUUACCUCGCCCUCCAAUGCACCAACCCAGAAUGCAAGGUCGUCCAAACCCUCGCCCCCGGUGUCAAUUACUUUGAGACCCUCGGCCUCAGCCCAGAGCCAAGCUAUGAUGUCGACCUCAAGGACUUGCGGCUCAGGUUCUUCAAGAUCCAGCAAUUGAUCCACCCCGACUCUUAUUCUCAAAACACCAAUGGCGAUCAAGUGUAUGCGCAGCAACAGUCCUCGCUGGCAAACAAGGCAUACUCGACAUUGAAGGAACCCCUCAGUCGCGCAAACUACAUCCUGGAGCUCUUGGGCGCACCCAUCCACGAGACAGAGUCUCUGAACGAACCAGAGCUGCUGAUGGAGGUCAUGGAGGCCAGAGAACUCCUUGAGGAAGCGCAGACUGAAGAUGAAGUUCAAGAACUCAAAAAUGUCAACGACACGCGCAUCAAGGACACGGUGGAGGGGCUGUCAAAGGCAUUCAAGGGUCAGGAUCUGGAGCAAGCAAAGACUUUGGCCAUUGAGCUCCAGUACUGGAUCCGUAUCCAGAAUGUCAUCCGUGACUGGGUUGCCGGCCACCCCAUCGUUGCCGAUCACGUCUAG